AACACCUAAGAUGUGCAGAUAAGAGUGAUGCAUUACGAACUUAUAACUGCUUUUAUGAAAAUCAUUCUGAAUUAUUCAACUGCCCCUGAAAUGAGCAGGCAUAUGCAUUUAAAAAUGGAACUAGUAUUCAUCUACAUACUUGUGCACUUACACUGGAGCUGCACUGUAGAUACAUGUGGAGAAGGUCUAGACUGCAAAACUUCAGAUGUGUAUGACAAAACAGUGACAGCAAUCCCUGAAAAACUAAAAGAUAGAGCCAAUGAAAUAUUUUUUGUACACAGUCAGAUUCCUGAGAUAUCAAAAGGAGUUUUUUCUAAAAACCCUCAAUUAAAGAAAAUCGAAUUUCUUGGUACUUCAACUCACUCUGUAGAGGUUGGAGCCUUUGAGGGGUUGCCUGAUAUCACGACCAUUGAGAUAUCUGGCACAAACGUGACAACAUUACCUGUGGGUGUUUUUAAGGAUCUCAACAACCUUCAAAAACUUGGUUUAAAAAGUAACAAAAUACAUAGCCUUGAUAAAGGGUUAUUUGAUGAUUUAAAAAAGCUUCAGGAAUUACAACUACAUAUGAAUGAGAUCAGUUCCAUUGAGGAGGGGACAUUUGACAAUUUAGAGAGUCUCGUGAGACUCCAUCUUGCAAAAAACAACCUUACAUCCGUAUCGACAUCUCUUUUUUCCAAUCUUAAGAGACUGAAAACUUUGAGGCUUUAUGAGAACCAGUUGACUGCUCUACCUGAUGGCAUUUUUGAUAAUCUCCCUGAUUUGGCAGAGAUAGCCUUGCAAGGCAACCAAAUCUCCUUUAUACAACCAAAUUUAUUUCCACACAAAAGUAAUUUAACAAGACUCUUUUUGGACAAUAAUCUUUUAACAGAACUGCAGCAAGAUCUAUUUGUUGGUUUCUCUUCAUUAAAGAUUCUAACUCUGCACAACAAUCAACUCAGCAGUCUUCCCAAUACCCUUUUUGGAGAAAUGCUCAGAAUAACUGAAUUAAGUCUAAGCCAUAACAGUCUCACUCACUUACCAACUGCAGUUUUCAGUCCACUUAAGGAUCUAAAGAAGUUAGACCUUUCCUCAAACCAGAUUUCAAUUAUUUCUGCAGACUUUUUUGAAGGUCUUGAGAAAUUGACUGAUCUGAAUCUUCAAGAUAACAAUAUGGAGUCAUUAAAAAAAGAGGACUUUAAAAAACUCAAGUCUCUUAAAACGCUCAGACUGGGAAAUAAUAAACUACAAAGCCUCCCUGGUGAUGUUUUUGAUUCUGUAAACCUCAGUAAACUGUACCUGGACAAGAACCCAUGGAAGUGCGACUGUAACCUGUUGCCAUUCUAUGAAUGGAUGAAGAACAAUAAGGGCAAGAUUAAAUCAAAAGCUCCAGAAGUUUGCGAGUUUCCAAAAAAUCUGCUAAAUCAAUUAAUAAUUUCUUUAACAGAAGCACAAUUAAUAUGCCUCACACCUUCACCAAGUACCAUCCCUCUCAUCACAAAUACCGUUCCCAUGACCACUACUACAUCUGCUUUACUUAUAUUAUUUUCCAUUCUCUCUGCAUUGACAAUAUAGUAUGAUAAUUAAUUU